UCCCAUUAAUGGACCUCCGCUCCAUUGGUCCAGAAACCCAGCAAGUUCGUUCCCCCCUAAUGAGCUGGGGUCUGCAAUGAAUCUCUAGUCUGCUCUCCUUUCUCUUUACAUAUCUCAUCGUAUUCUUCGUUCAUUAUAUCUCCCACUCAGUCUCUCUCUUUCAUAUCUGUAUUAUUGUGGUUGUUUCUCUGUUUUCUCUGCUCUUCUUCUUCCCCGCAGAACUACCCUGUUUGGUUGUCACAUGAAAAUCCCACCCCAGCAAGAAGCACAUGAUAGUCGCUGUAUGAACGACAACAAUCGCAUUCUCUCGUCCACUCCUAUAUACUCCCAGAAGAACCACAAUGCCAUCUGCACGACCUCCUGCCUCCCUGGCUUCCAGCUCUUCAGAACCAUCCUACUCUCCCCUGCCCGGCGGCGCAACCACUCAUUCCGACGAUCGCGACGACCGUUCUCCAUCCACCACACCCACCGGCAACUCCUCCUCCAAGCCGGCCUCGGCCUCUUCAGUGGCCAACGCACAAGACAAGGACAAGCCGCGGCUCACCGAGCAGGAAAAGAAGAAUAACCACAUUGCAUCGGAGCAGAAACGCCGCGCCGCGAUUCGGGAGGGCUUCGAUCGAUUGACCGAGCUGGUGCCUGGCUUGGAGGGCCAGGGUCGCAGUGAGAGUAUUGUGCUUCGCAAGACGGUGGACUUUAUCCAGCUUCAGCUGCAGGAACGACAGGAAUUGAUUGCGGAGAUUGAGCGUCGUGGAGGGCGCAUUGAUGAUUCGUUUCGCAACUGAUGCUGCCGAGGUCCGAGCGGCAUGCUGUUGUUGAUGAUGAUUAUGACUUGCUUUUGCGGUGGAUGAGACUAUGCAACAUGCGUCACGCGACUCUUAAAUGAUAUUUGGAAAGGAAAAAGUCCGGCGCUGGGUCUUGACCGGUUGGUUGGCAGUGGUGAUAUUGUGCAAUUGCAAUGGGCGAUGGUUGUGGUAAUUUCUUUUUUGGCCUCUACGGAGGCUUCUUGGCCUAGGGUCUUGAGGCGGGAUGGCGUUGUAUUUGGUAUAUAGGGAUGAGAAGGUCCCGAUUGUUACUGUUGAGAUUGUUGCACUGCUGCAUAUAUACAUUGGCGGCAUUAUGAGUUCAGUUAUUUAUUUAGCAGAUACUACAUGUUGAAGCCAGACUGGAAAUGGCAAUUACUGUCAUGCAGC